UAUUCCAGAUAACAAUGUAACUGGCUGUAGCUAAACUGCGAAAGCUGUACACCCUACAGUGUAAAACAAAAACUGUACACCCUACAGUGUAAAACAAAAACUGUACACCCUACAGUGUAAAACAAAAACUGUACACCGUACAGUGUAAAACAAAAACUGUACAACGUACAGUGUAAAACAAAAACUGCACACAGUACAGUGUAAAACAAAAACUGUACACCGUACAUAUAAAUGCAAAGACGUUUAAAAAAAUGGAAAUAAAAAAUGAAAGUGCACUAAAAAAUAGUGAAAAGAAAAUGUGAUGCGUGAUGUAAUCUGUGAAACAAACUUUUGACACUACAUUUUCAACCCCAAUGUACAUUGCACAGUGAACAAAUAUAAAGCGGUACAUAGCGGUACAUUUUGUGGAAUUAAAUUGUGAAUUUAUUUAAUGUCUACACUGCACAGCUGACUGAAUAAUUGCACCAUGUAUCAAUAAAAAAUGGCAGUUUGUAGAAGAACUAGACUUAUUAAACUAAUCAUACUAUCCAGUAUUCUGCUGGGGGUUCUGUACCUCCUCCUCCCUGAUGAACUGACCGGCCUUCUUCAGAAGUUUACUCCGCCCCCAACCAAACUAAAUGUAAACAAACAAAAUGUAAACAAACAACAGGCUCAACAAAAUAUUGCUAGAAGACAACGGUCUGAGCAUGAACCUUAUCUUACACCGGGAAACCCAGGAAAUUUCGAACCCCUCAGGGAUGAGGAGGAGGAGGGUCCUGGGGAGAACGGAGAACCCUACCAUCUUGAACCUGAACUAUCAGACCAAGUAGAUAACUCAAUCAAUGAUUAUGGGAUGAAUAUGGUUGCCAGUAACCUAAUAUCCUUGGAUAGAACUAUCCCUGAUACAAGGUUAGCUGAAUGUAAGAACUGGCAUUAUCCAACCCAGCUCCCUAAAGCCUCUGUAGUUAUCGUCUUCCAUAACGAGGGAAGAUCUGUGCUGAUGAGGACAGUUCACAGUAUUAUAAACAGAACACCUUCCCAGUUUCUAGAGGAAAUUCUUCUUGUGGAUGAUUUCUCUGAUCGGAAUGAGUUAGGAGAGGGUCUUCAAAACUAUCUCAGAAUAUUUAGAGGAGUAGUUAGAUUGAUCCGGAACGAGGAGCGUGCAGGGUUGAUCAGAUCUCGAACCCGAGGUGCUGAGGAGGCUCAUGGGGCUGUUCUCGUCUUUCUAGAUGCACACUGCGAAGUAAACAGGAACUGGUUACCUCCUCUCCUAGCUCCGAUAUACAGGAACUAUACUACUCUAACAGUUCCUAUUAUUGACGGGAUAGAUCAUGAAACAUUUGAGUAUAAAUCUGUCUACUCAGGGAGUCAACACUUCCGAGGUAUCUUUGAAUGGGGUAUGCUCUAUAAGGAGACUGAACUGCCUGAAAUAGAGGCAAAGAAAAGAGAACAUGAGAGUCAACCCUAUCCUUCCCCCACACAUGCUGGAGGUCUUUUUGCUAUUAAUAGGGACUAUUUCCUGAGUUUGGGUGGGUAUGAUCCCGGAUUGCUGGUGUGGGGAGGAGAAAACUUUGAACUGUCCUUUAAAGUUUGGCAGUGUGGAGGAUCCGUACAGUGGGUUCCCUGCUCCCGGGUCGGCCAUGUUUACAGGGCCUUCAUGCCAUAUGGAUUUGGAAAACUGACUGAGGGUCGGAAGGGACCAAUUAUUACAAUAAAUUAUAAACGUGUUGUUGAAACAUGGAUGGAUGAUCAAUAUAAACAGUUCUUUUAUACCAGAGAGCCCUUGGCAAAAUUUGCAGAUAUGGGAGAUAUCUCAAAACAAUUAGAGUUAAAGAAGAAUUUGGAGUGUAAAUCCUUUGAUUGGUUUAUAAACAAUAUUGCUCCUGAUAUGCUCCACAAGUAUCCUAAACUUCCAAAAAAUGUAGCGGAGGGAUCUUUAUUGAAUAAGGGUUUAAAAUAUUGUUUGGAUCCGUUGGGCAGAGAAGCACCAGCAGUUAUAGGUAAUACUUCAUUCUUCCUAUCUCAUCCUUCAUAUUCUGGGAAUAAUCAACUAGUAAGACUAAAUGAAGAAGGUCAGCUAGGUUUGGGAGAAAGAUGUAUAGAUGCAACAGAACAUAGCGCCAAACUCAUCGUUUGUCCAAUGGGAUCUGUAUCAGGUCCAUGGAAAUAUGUAGACUCUACUCUACAACACUCAAAAUAUAACAAAUGCUUAGCGAUAAGUUCCAAUGGAGAAAAUUUGAUUCUGAAGACAUGUAAGGUUGAUACAACCAUGCAGUGGACUUUCAUGCCGGUCAAACCAAGCUGGGCAUAGGUCAACUUGGUCAAGUCAACCUGGGCAUAGGUCACCUCGGUCAAACUUAGCUGGGCCUAGGUCAAAUCGGUCAUAUAGUUCCCAUUAAAGCUGGUCAAACCAGGGAAUUGGCCCCUCUCAGCUGGACAAUAAAAGGCCCACCCGGUCAUUUAAGUUUGCCAGACCACAGUCCACCUUGCAAGUCAAACCAAGCUGCGGGCAUAGGCCCCUGCACCUAGUCCUUCAUGUCGAUCAAACCAAUCUAGGCAUUGGCCCCUGCACCUAGUCCUUCAUCUCGGUCGAACCAAGAAGGGCAUAGGCCCCCGCACCUAGUCCUUCAUGUCGGUCAAACAAAUCUGGGCAUAGGCCCCUGCACCUAGUCCUUCAUGUCGGUCAAACAAAGCUGGGCAAAGGUUCAUCCGGUCAUGUACUCCACUUUCAUGGCGGUGAACCUAUCUGCUGUUAUAUAACCGCAAUGCCAAACUGGGCAUGCAGAACCAUGCAUAUACCAUAUAUGAACCUAAAGUGCAUCAGCAUAUUUAUAAUAAUAUUUAUUAUUUAUAUUAAUAACUUCUAAACCAAAAAUUACAGUUUUUAAAUAAGAAAAGUUUUGUUUUAAGCAUGAAAUAAUAUAGCUUGAAUUCUAAAAUUGUAUUUUUUGUGAUUUCAUAUUAAUGUGUAAUAUGUAAUAUAUGAAAAUAUAUAUAAAAUCAGA